AGAGAAGGUUUAAAUCACCGUGGACGUAUUCUCAUCAAUUAGAAACACGCACGUGUCAAACGCUCACCUUCCUCCUCCGUCGUCAUCGUUCAUCUCUGCAACAACGUACGACCGAGGAGCAAAAAAAAAAGAAAGACCUCUCCUUUAAGCAUUUCAUCAUGGUUCUCCGACCAGAAUAUCUAUGCACAUUCCUCUUAACCAUAGCCAUCCUAUCGCACGUUUCCCAACCCCUCCACUUCGAGUUAAAAUCAGGCAAAUCAAAAUGCAUCUCGGAGGACAUCAAAAGCAAUGCAAUGACCGUCGGAAAGUACACCGUCGUCAACCCUAACGAACCUCACCCUGCUCCACAAUCUCACAAGAUCAACAUAAGGGUGACGUCGAGUCAGGGGAACACGUACCAUCACGCGGAGGAGGUGGACUCGGGGCAGUUCUCGUUCACGGCGGUGGAAGGUGGAGAAUACUCGGCGUGUUUCGCUGCUCACGAUCAUAAGCCUGACGUGACGUUGAGUAUCGAUUUGGAAUGGGGAAGUGGUGUUCAUUACAAGAGUUUGGGUAGUUUGGCGAAGAAGAGCAAAGUCGAAGUCAUGGAGUUUGAAGUAAAGGCUUUGAUUGAAACCGUUAACUCGAUUCAUGAUGAGAUGUUUUAUCUUAGAGACAGGGAGGAAGAGAUGCAGGAUCUGAACAGGGCUACAAACUCGAAGAUGGCGUGGUUGGGUUUGCUCUCUCUUUUUGUAUGCUUAGGAGUUGCUGGGAUGCAGUUUAUGCACUUGAAGACGUUUUUUGAGAAGAAGAAAGUCAUCUAAGAUGAUUUUAGAUGGAAUAAUUCCACUCUUUCUUUAAUCAGCUCAAGGGAAUCUUUAACUCUCUAGUGGGUUUUGUAUAUUCAGAUUUUUGUGGCUUGAGCAUAUGGCCUGCCUCUUGAACUAAAAUGAAUGUGAAAGUGUUAUGCCA